GCACACGGUGAUACUCAACUAGUAUUUUCUGUGUGUAGGGGCGAUUGCGUGGACGCGAGUAAACUUUAGGUUGAGCACAACUGCAGUCGGAGAACGUCCUUAAGUAAAAAAGAAGAAAUUCUCAAUCUAUCGACGAUCACGAUGGUUCGAAAACUAAAGUAUCACGAGCAGAAAUUGCUGAGAAAAGUAGAUUUUCUGUCUUGGCAGGUUGACAACAAUCUCCAUGAGGUUAAAAUCUUGAAACGUUAUUGCAUUCAGAGAAGAUCAGAUUAUACGAUAUACAACAAACUAUCACGAGAUAUACGAGAGUUAGGUAGGAAGAUUAAGGAAGUCGAGCCUGAUCAUUCCUUUCGUAUUGAGCAAAGUGCCGUAUUGUUGGAGAAGCUAUAUUUAAUGGGCCUGAUUUCCACCAAAUGGGACUUGUCGCAGACACAGAAAGUAACCGCCAGUUGCUUCUGCAGACGAAGACUCCCGGUCAUUAUGGUGCGUAACAAGAUGAGUCAGACAAUACCCAUGGCGACAAAAUUGAUAGAACAGGGUCAUGUCCGAGUUGGAGUAGAAGUUGUAAAAGACCCAGCGUUUUUGGUAACAAGAAAUUUAGAGGACUUUGUAACAUGGGUAGACACAUCUGCUAUUAAGAAACAUGUAUUGGAAUACAAUAACGAGAGAGAUGAUUUUGAUAUAGUGUGAUCAACUGAAUUUUCUUGUUUUUUUUUACAAAAAAAGACUGUUGGUAUGCAAC